AUUUUCAACAAAGAUUAAAUAUUUACCGUGGCAUUGCAAUUCCAGAGUGAAUAAGUUCUUUGAGGGAAAUCCCUUAAAGAGAACUCACAACAAAUAAAACAUGGCUUUAAUUUUGACAAGUGCUGCGGCGUCAAACAAAAAUAGAGGGAAACCAAGUGCUUUUUUUGGAUCCCCAAAAAACAACAGCAAAACGAAUCCAGUUUUCCAGGCAUUGGAUACUGAAAUAACACUCAUUACUACUCAUAUCAGAAAAAGAUCUAAUCCUAACUUUGUAAGACCCGAGAAUGAACCAUGUUCCAGAAUGGCUGACAGCAUCUUUAAUCUAUGGAAUAGAUAUGAACCCAAGCUGCCUAAAGCUUACUAUCAAAAAAAGCUACUGGAAAUGGGAGAUUAUCUUAUGGAGAUGAAGGAAUAUCGCCUUGCCUUGAGGCAGUGCUAUGAAAGAUAUCUACUAUGUUUUGAAAGAAUCAAAUUUAGUGAGAUUACAGAUGGAUCAACUUUAGAGAAAUUAUUUUUUCCCAAUGGCUUUGAUACAGAUAAUUCAGGACUAACAUUUCGUGCUUUAAUGGGAAAGAGUAUCAGCAUGUAUCAGAUAGUGAAGUUAAACGAUCCAAAAUUGCAGAAUAAACAAUCAGUAGAUGAAUGUCUACAGAUUUUAUCUUUUCUAAGAUUAAUUAUGCAGAUUGUUUUGCCAAAGGAACCGCUGUGUUGGCUUAUUUAUAAUGGAUCAAUUCAUAUCUACACGAUUUCUAGACAUUUGAUGUCACUAGGACAUUCAGCUCAGGUAUUAGAGUAUGUAAUAUGGGCUAGUAUUUGUAUGGAAUCAUCAAUACCAUUAAUGUCUGUAAAAUAUUUACCCUGGAGAUCUACAUUAUAUACAGCGGUUUGUCAAUGUUAUUAUGACUGUAAGGCUGGACAACAUGCAGAGGCAUUUGCAAGAAGAGGUUUGGCUAAAAUAAAUGAAUUAAGUCAGCUGGAGAUGAUGAGCAAUGCUGAUGAAAAUCCACAAAUAAUGAUAGCCUUUCGUGAGUCAACUAUUAAAAUGGCCAUCAUGGUUUAUAAAAGAUCUGUGUUUGAAACUCGAAGAAAACCUAAAGGCUUGUUACGACCUAAAACUAGAACAAAUUAUAAAGAUGUUAUUAAUACGGCAUGGCCUCGAACCACAAGUGAGAAACUAAUGGCGGAGAUGUUUGAUGGAACAGCUGCCCAGUUUUUAGCGUUGUUAGAGAGUUUAAGUGACAGUAAUAGAAGAAUUAUUUUAACCUCCCCACCAGCUCAAGAUAAUGAACCAGAAGUACUGGAUGUGUUUGUAGAACUUUUUAUGAUUGGACAAGAAUUAUUGGCUGGUGGUGGUGGUAACAAGCUGCCAGGACCUAAAGCUCAAUCUGCUAUUGGUGCCCCACCAUUAUCAGGUGUUACAACAGAUGCUAGUCUUAUGGACCUGGCUAUCAGAGGUGAAGAUGGUAUACCUAUCAGUGCAGCAAUUAAAUUUGUUAAAUUAGCCUACAAUUAUGAACAUUGGGAAGUUUUUGAUUCUCUAGUGGAACCCAUAUUAUCUCAUCUGAGUUUAUUAAAUGAGGAAGAAUAUUUUUGGCAUGAGAAAGCGUUAGAAUUAUUAUUAGCCAUGGAGAAAUUAAACAGUAAUAAAAAACACAAGAAGAAUGCAGUUAUUACAGAUGAACUUGGAGAAGAAGGACAAUUACCUCCUGAUCCAAAUACAACCUCUCUACCAGGGACAGCAAUGAAGUCAACAGGAAUGCAUGAUGAUCAUAUCAACUUAGCUGAUGUAUUAGUAUCCAUAGUAUCAGGUUCAUUUAAAAAAUCGGAAGUAGAGAUUGAUAUAAUUGUUGAUGCUGCGCUGUUCUUAUGGAAUAAAUGUAAAACUGUUUUCCAGAAAUAUCAAACAGGUUCUGUUGAUAAUCCACGAUAUCUUUACAAGAUGGAUCAACCACAUAAGUGGAUGUAUUUAUUAGAUACAGUACAUCAGACAUUAUGUUGGUGUGGUGUUAGUUCUGUUGAUCCAGCUCUAACAGCCGAGGUUGUUCUACGUCUGGCAAUGUUCUAUGAAAGUUCUGCUUAUCUUGACACCAUGGAUGGGGAUAAAACAGCAUUAAAAGAUUCAAAGACAACCCUUACUGAUAUUUGUCCUACAGAAAUUAACCACAGUCGAAUUAGUAUAUUAUCACCACCUGGAAAUAUCAGUGCCAAAGGUCAACUCUUGCUCACUAAAUCCAUUCUAGAACUUGGUCUAAUAGAUAUGUCCUACGCUCGACAGACAGUUGGGUUGAAUGAUGGGAAGUCUAUAGCUGAUGUAUGCUGGGUUAAGAGCGUUCUAAAUGAUACAUCAACGUUAUUACCAGGGGAGUUGAAUCCAGAGGUUUUUCAACAUCAGUUAAACUAUGAAGUAUCAGAUAUAGGUGAAGAAAUAAACGUGGAUGAUCUCAUUCCGGAUAGUCUAAAAGAAUCGGCUACAUCUGUAUGGAAUACAGUCAAGGAUUUACAUUUAGAAUUGUUGUUGAUGUAUCAUAGAGUUUGUUUAAAACUAGCUGCUCUAAAACAAGAAGAUAUAUCAAAAUCUGCCAUGGAAAAGAAAAAAGGAGGUUCUUCAACUGUAAGUUAA